AAUCACCUGCUUUGGAAUUUAAAGCGCGCUUCGAGGUUCAGGUCUUUUUCUCCUUCGCUUCGAAGGAAGCGUCGCUCAGCAAUGGGGUUCUCCGCCGCCGCGGCUGUUCAAAUGUUGUUCUUUCUGGCAGCUCUUACCUCCGUAUCGUCAUUCGACGAUUCCGCCUCAGAACUAUCCGGCAAUGAUGUGGAGUAUUAUCAAGUAGUAACUGUCACACCCGAAGUCCUUGUGGAAUCUCUACUGUCUACUGAUGUGGUGCGGUGUUCACGAGUCACUAUCUCUGGUCUAUCCAGACUGAAACUUUGGAGUUUCUCCAAUGCACACAGGAUCACUUUGGUCCCAUCAGAAGAAAUCAGGGAGACAUCAUAUAAGAAGAUUCAGAUUUGCUCGCACAAGAACUCAUCUCUUGGAUUGUGCCAUUGCGAGAAUGGUAACUGGGAAAACAUCCAAAAUGGAAUAUGGAGCUCUAUUGUAUCCCCAUACGAACACAGCUACAUAGAUGUGAAGUUUGUCAAUAACUUGUCCGGUUCUGUGACUGUCACUGUGAAAUCAGAGUUUCAAAAGUGGCGGCUUCUUUGUCUGGCAAUUGGUACUGCUAUAUUGAUACUAGCACCAAUUGUUAGUAGCUGGGUUCCGUUUUACUAUAGCAGCUCAAUGGCUAUUGGAAUUUGUCUUGUGGUGAUAAUCCUUCUAUUCCAGGGGAUGAAACUAUUGCCAACUGGAAGAAAGAGCGCUCUCUAUAGCACGAUAUGUGGUUUAGCUUUUGGAGCUGGUUCUUAUUUACUCAAUCGUUUCUCGAUGUUUGUCAACUCGAUUUUAAUCAAUUUUGGGAUCAGCGAAGAGAUGCACAAUCCGGUACUUGUGUUCUUUUUAGUUGGCAUUGCCCUUGCUGGGGCUGCUUUUGGAUAUUGGCUUGUUCGGAGGUUUGUUGUAUCAGGUGAUGGAAAGGUGGAUGAUGGUGUAGCCCAAUUUGUGAAAUGGGCCUUACGCGUGAUUUCUGUGACUUUUCUUUUCCAGAGUACGCUUGAUACUCCUCUGGCUAUUGCGCUGCUGGUCUCUUUUCUGGGGAUUCAUCUUUCUCUCACUUAUUUGAAUUGGCACGGCACCGGCCAAACUAUUGAUUUUUCGUAUUCUGGAGAUGGAAGUUAUAAACUGUGGAGUGGUAAAAGAAUGAGCAAGAAUAGGGGAGCCGAGUUUUUAAGUAAGCCCGGUAGUGUGGCUACUAGAGGAGGUUCAGGUUCAUGGAGAAACCCAAAGAAGUCUCCUGCUUAUUCAAACUCACCGUUGAAAGCCUCCGCUUACAUGAGAAGUCCUUGGAGAAACUCCCCAAUAUCACCUGCACUGUCAAACUCUCCCUUGAAAGGUGUCGUCGGCACGCCACCGCCAAGUCGACAGCGAACGCCAACUCCCGAGAAUUACUACUCAACCUUCCACCGGACGCCAAACAGGAAGAGGUUUUCGAAGAAAGAGUGGAAGCAGUUCACGGAGGAGUCGACUCAACAGGGCGUGGCAGAUCUCGCAGCUUCCCCGGAAUUCUCGGACUGGAUCAUAAAAAAUGCGGAUCGGAUACAACUCCGGCGGGAGGACAGCUCCGACGAAUCGAUUGGGAGCGGCUCUGAUUCGACGGACGAAAAUGGCGCGGCCCAGAGCAGCAGCGGUAAAGCUUUACUGUGGCAACUUCGUAAGUAGCGACGGGACUGAACCGGACCGGACCGGUCGGGUCAGGGUUGGUAGUUUGGGAGUGUAGUAGACGGAGGACGUUCUUGUACUUGCUGUUUUGUAUAUGGUUAUGGUAGGAGAAGAAAAUACUGUGUAAUUUGAAAGGUUCCUUCCACUCUACAAAUCGUAAUGUAGCUUCAAGUA